CGAUCGAGUAUCUGUAAGAUCGAGUAUCUGUAAGGUACAACGGGCAACCGACGCGGAUGGAGCUCUGCGCGCGUCCUCCGAUCUUUGAGGCAACUGAAAUUCUAAUUUUUUGCGAAAUUAGCUAAUGUUUGGUGAGGCAUCGGCCUGCCAAGUGGGUGGCUUUGGCGUCGCGAGUGUUUUUUUUUCACCAAAGUCCAUAGAAGCCCUGUCAUAGAUUUCAAAUUCCUUAAGUCUUUGGAUGGCAAAAAAAAAAAUUCGUGCAAAAAAAAGGAAUACAAACAGGCAUCCCAUAAAGGGCAGGCUGGAAAACUUGAGCCAAUAAAAGAUACACAUAACAGAUAAAAGAUCUCAGUUGUGUAGAGUGCGGAGUUGUAAAACAAACAAAUAAAACUGCAUAGUGUGAAAAAUAAUUUGUGCUGUUCAAACAAUUAGCCGCAAAACAAACGCCGCUGUUUGCGAACGCGAAUGUAUCUGGUGGAUGCAUCUGUGUGCGCAAGUGUGUAUCCCUGGAAUGCGGCAGUUGCGCACGCGCAAAUAUUUGUGAUUUGAUUUGAAUGGAGAAUGAAAUAGGAAAGUGGAGAAACCAAAAAGAGGCGACCAAUUUGGAAUAGACCCCAGCAUUUGAGAGAUUUUUGCAAAAUUGACUUGACAUUAUGGCGGUGAGGUCGUAGGCACCGCGAAAUUAAGGCAACUGCUCGGUGUUCGGAGGGGGAUGACAAAGAAAAACCGAAACCACACAAGGCAAACAAGGAACCGACUCAAAAAUGUCCGGCAAUCAACAGCAGCAACUACAACUACAACUACAGCAGAAGUCAUUAACUAACACAGCAACAUCAGCAACAGCAACAGCAGCAACUACAAACGGAGCAACAGGCACUUUAAACAAUAAUUUGAUAAAAAUAAACAGUGUUGACAAAAUAAUAGGCAAAGCCCAAACAGCGACGCAGGCAAUUAACAAACAUCAGCAGCAGCAGCAGCAACACCAACAGCAACAUCAGCGACGCUCCUUGCUGCCAGCAACCUCAGCGGCAGCAACAUCGACGCACCAGCAACACUCAACGCAACAACAAAGCGGAACGUCAGCAGCGCUGUCGCCAGGCGGCCAAAAGCAGCAGCAGCAGCAAUCACACCAAUUGCAGACUGUGGCCACAAUACAUCAGCAACACUCAACCCAGCAGCAACAGCAGCAGCAGCAUCAUCAUCAGACAUUGACUUCUCGGUUGCCUAUUCAACAGCAAUCUAGCAAGGAAUUGCCCAAUCUUUCUGCCCAGCAGCAACACCAGCCUGGCAACCAGCAGCAGCAACCGAUACAGCGUCGCAGCUUCUACCAGUUGCAACAGCAACAUCAGCAACACCAACAACAGCAGCAACAUCAGCAGCAAUCUCUGCGCAGUCCACAGCUCAAGGUACCGGCACCAGCCCACUCUAUACCGCCGAGAUACCAGCCACCCCCUCAGCCAAGCAACGGGAUUCUCAAGCCGCACUUGCCACUUAAAUAUCCGCCGGAUAUCCCCCAGCUAUCGAGCAUUUACAUACCCGAUUCGAUCAAACAGCAACAGCAGCAACACUCGCGUUACCUGCCACACCAGUCGACGGGGAAGGGCGGAGCGGCACAGGAUAUGCUGAAGUUUGUGCGGAAGCCCGAUCAGGAGCACCCAUCGCCCAAUGCCUCGGUCACGUCCAGCGGCACGGGAAUUCCCACGGCCAAUGGCGGAGGUCGUUUGACGGCCGAGCAGAACCGCCAGCUCCAGUCGCUGGUGAACGAGCUGCGGGCCCUGAAGGAACAGAACCAGCGUCUGCUGGACGACAACCAAGAGCUGAGGGACCUCUGCUGUUUUUUGGAUGACGACCGGCAGAAGGGGCGCAAGCUGGCCCGGGAGUGGCAAAGAUUCGGUCGCUACACCGCCAGCGUCAUGCGCCAGGAAGUGGCUGCCUACCAGAACAAACUACGUCAACUGGAUGAUAAGCAGCAGGAGCUAAUCACCGACAACCUGGAGCUGAAGGAGCUCUGCCUCUACUUGGAUGAGGAGCGUGCUCAUGUGGCGGCCAACGCGCUGUGCGCCGGAUGCGGAGCAGCCACUCGAAACGCCCUGAGAGACGAUGGCGACGGUUCCAGCUCCAGCACCAAUGCCGAUGAGACCAUCACUGCGCUGAGAAACUACGCCGAACAGCGCCAGCUUCCACAGGAUCUACGUCAUGCCCACUCGCUGAACGAUCAGACGCUUCAGUAUGUGCGAUCGCUGGAACGGCGCAUCCAGCAGCUGGAGGAGGAGCGAACCACACCCACGGGACAUCAGCAGCAGACGACGACCACGCCGCAGCCAAGGACCACCCCCACGCCCACGCCCACAUCCGCAUCAGCCGUGGCAGCAGCAGUAGCAGCCGCAGCAGCCGCGGCAGCAGCCACCAAAUCAGCGCCCUCGCCCCACCUCGCCAACCAACAGCAACAACAACCAACGGCACAGCAGCAACAGGACAUUGUGGCCGCAGCAGCGGCGGCUGCUGCUGCGAUCCAAUUGCCGGAACCGAUAGCUGGUCGCCCCGAGGCCGUGGUCCGUGCUCUCCAGGUUCUGGAGGUGCGGGAGCAGCUCGAGCGCGAUCGACUGGGCAACCUGGCCGGGAGCGCCAUCGACCAGAUGGACGACGGCGAGAAGGCGCUGGUGCGGGAGAUGUGCAACGUUGUGUGGCGCAAGCUGGAGGGCAGUCCACACGGCCCCCCGGCCCUGGAGCCACUCUAAGCCGACCCAGCAACCGAAAGACACCCUUAAGGGCUAACCCUAGACUCUAUGUUUAAUGCUAACUUAUGCCGUAAUAUUUAACCCUAAACAUUGUACAAAGUUCAAACCACAACCUAAGCUAAGCCACCACAAAAGCGAAAGAAUACUCAAAAGAUAUAUUGGAAUUUAUCCACCAACUGAUCUGAUAUUAACCAUGUAUAUUAACUAUAAACAUAGCUUACUAAAUGUCUGUAAAUUGUAUUAAAAACUAUAUAUUUUUGGCUUUAGUUUCCGAUAUUUGAGUUCGGCAUCCAAAUUGAGUUUUAACUGGUUUUAAAGCUCAAAGAUUUGGAUGCGAAUCGAUCGAUUUCUCUGUUCGAUGACUUUACAAAAUCAAAUAAUCAAUGGCAUUGUUGCUUAUUUUCGAUUUUGGACAAUAUUUGAUUGGAUCACUCUAUUUAAUUAGUUUGUAACACAGCUGACCAGUUGGUGGAGAAUGCUCAUAAUUAUUUUUGUACUUAUUGAAAUCUUUGACUGUUAUUUUUGAUUGCCAAGAGACAGGAGGUGUAUUCUAUCUUUGACGAAAAAUUUGCUAACUCAAAAUAUAAUGCAACAAAUAUUUCCAAA